UUGAAAGGAGUUUGUUCUUCUUCUCACCCUUUUUGAGCUGGUCAUCACGGCAAGCAAUGUUGUGAUGGAGAGGGUUUGUGGCUUUGUGAAGGCUUUAGCUUUUCCUAUGGCUGAAUUGACCUUUUCUUUCUGAAGUUGUCAGGCCUAUUUGCUCUUUCCUCAUUCACGCAUGCUCAUCAUCAACUUCCUUUCCGGAUGGUGUGGAUGGCCAGAUGAGAUCAGAGCACAUAUGUGACUUUCAGACUAGCAGCAGAUUUAUAUACUGAUUACUAAAAUUUCCAAGGUUUCAUUGUUGAAGAGCACAUAACUUGAGAUGCACUGAAGCUUCGUUGGCUCAAACCUUCGAACUGUGAUUCUCAUCAAUCUUGUGUGGCUUGCCCAUGGCAAUCUUUAUCUUGGGGCUCCUUGCUGUGGCCUCUGCCUACCGUGCCGCAGAAGAGCUUGACUCGCACAGCAUUUUGGAGCACAACUCGAGCCUUCCCUUGAAAGGAGCGAAAUGUUCUUGUUCUGACACCACCUGGGAAGAUCAGAAAACGGCACCUUGCUGUGCCAAAGGCUUGGUGUGUGAAUCGAAAAAAUGCAAGCCUCAACUUUUGCAACCAUGUUCAUGGAAACCCGGCAGCACCGAGUGUGCGGGGGGCAUCUAUCAGCGGGACACCAAAUGCGAGAAGGAUAGUGAGGGAAAGUACCGCUGCUGCAUCAAGGACUGGGGUGAAGUGUUGUCAUCUGAAUCUUCGGCAGCGAGGCGUGUGCCCGUGGGGCCCAAGAGUGGAAACUGGCAGACGUUGCCCUGGGGUGCAUCUGCUUACACAGAGGCUCAGCACAAACAAUGCUGUACUGGAAGGAUGGACACUCGGGGGGUAGGAUACACCACCAGACGUGUUGAGGUCUGCUGGAACCCUGGUGCCUAGAUGGCCUAGAGUCUAUAGCAAGGCUCCUCUCAAGUGACCGCAGUGAGUGUGCGACAGCUGAUC